AUGCACCGACUUUUUGCUGAGCUGGAGCCAUCUGUAACCGUCACCGAGCAAAACCUGGCAGACCGAGUUCGGUAUAUCUUGCGCUCAAAUACAUUUGAUGUCACCGAACUCGAACGGCUACGACGUGAGGCUGUUCCUUCAUCGGGUGAAAAUGCUGCGGCUGAGGAUGCGGCGCCACAACUUGCCGAGCAAACGGCAAAUGUGGAUGCCGCCGUGAAUACGCCAGUUGUGAUUGAUUCAAACGAUGAUGGAACAGUCGCCCAGGAACUGGAACUAGAGCAAAUGAGGAGUACAUUGGAAGAGGCGAUUGUGGAAACGCGCAGUACGACUCUCGAAAAUCGACCGCGACUUCCCCGCUUAGCCCUAAGCAAGCGGAAUCGGGCUGUCGUGAGGGCUCUGAACCCAAUGCUGGUUACCUAUUUGGAAGCCAGCCGGGACCUUUGCGAGACGGACCCAAUUCUUUUUGGCGCCGCACUGGCAGUCUGCCGUAUUAUAGGUGCCAAACUUUCCACGGCUGGACGCGCUACUGGACAAAGUAGUGCUAUCCCAGCCUGGAGAAUAAGAAUUGAAGAACGUAUCGAAAAGGCUAGGGCCCUCAUCGGCAGACUGAUAUGCUUCAGGUCAGGCAAUACCAGGCCAAGGAUUGUGCGCACCGUCAGGAUGGCGUUUGCUGGGACAAAUGUUAGUUUUUCCCAGCCGGAUAUAAUGCAAAAACUGACGGAGCGCAUAGACGACCUGAAGCAAAGAAUAGCUGCUUGGGGAAAGCGGAUUCGGCGAUAUACCGAGAGGUCGACACGGUUCAACCAGAAUCGUCUCUUCCAGAGUUAUCAGAAGAGGAUCUAUAAAUCAUUGGAGCGACCAAUAGUAAGUGGAACGGGCCCUGCACCAAAUCAGGCCGACAUGGUCAGAUGGUCAGAGCCCGUAAACCACAACGAGGGCCCUUGGACGGAAGUUGUGGCGAGUCAGUGUGCGAGUAUUACGCCCAUGGACCCCGUCAUCAUAACGCCGGAUGACGUAGCUGAGGCGGUCCGUAGGGCCUCGAACUGGAAAAGUCCGGGGCUUGACGGGCUGCAUCACUACUGGCUGAAGGGGUUCAUGAGUCUACCCUCCUUGGCGGAAAGGAAGGCGUAA